ACUCCUCCAUUAACCAAGCAGCACGUUAGAUCAAGGACACCGCGCACCCGAGCCCCUCCCCGAUCCCCAAGAGCAGCCGAGCAGCAGCGAGCCAUGGCCACGUCGACCGCCGCCGUGCUGUCCCCGCCGUCCGUGGCCGGGCUCCGCCUGGCGCCGUCGCCCAGGGCGCGCGUGUCGUUCCGCGCGGCGCCGGCGAGGCGGUCCGUGGCGGCGCGGGCGGAGCUGAGCCCGUCGCUGGUGAUCAGCCUCAGCACGGGGGUGUCGCUCUUCCUGGGCCGCUUCGUCUUCUUCAACUUCCAGCGGGAGAACGUGGCGAAGCAGGUGCCCGAGCAGAACGGCAAGACGCACUUCGACGCCGGCGACGAGCGCGCCAAGGAGUUCGCCGCCCUGCUCAAGUCCAACGACCCAGUCGGGUUCAACCUCGUCGACGUCCUCGCCUGGGGCUCGCUCGGCCACAUCGUCGCCUACUACAUCCUCGCCACCUCCAGCAACGGAUACGACCCCAACUUCUUCUGAGCGCGGGGCGUUGUUCCUGACCGGCUUGCUGUAAUCUACGACUCAGUCAGUGUGUGUUGGUGUUGCUGCGUGUUGGUGAUGUAUCUGGUGCCGGAAAGAUUGGUUAAUUUGGACAAGUAGUGCAACUGCGUGUGUAUAUUGCCGCAUAAAUUUGGUCUUCAUCUGUCUCUGUGAAUUCAGCUACUUCCACCCUUCCA